AUGCACGGACACAUGCCGCCACCGCAACAGCAUCCCGGGCUACACCCGGCCCAUCAGCAGCCACCACCACAUCUGCCUCAUCUUUCUAACCUUCCACCGCACAGCAUGCAGCGGGAACAUCCUGCAAAUCGGUUGAACAACGCCCGGCAUCACCACCCUCGAGACCAUCAGGCGGCCAUGGGUCCGCAUCUCCAGAUGCAAGUACCACCGCCACCCCAUCGAAAGCCGCUGCCCGGACCACCGCCGCCAACGGCCGGUGGCUACUACACCACGAACGGGCCCACCAUUCACGGUGGCCUGCCGAAGCCACUGCCCAUGACGGCGGCCCAUCUGCAUCCACCGCCCGCCCUGACCGUUGGCCCGCCACCGCAUCAGCAGCACCCGGGUGGACCACUGCCACCACCGCCGGGACCGCAUCCCGGCGUUGUUGGCAAGUUACCUCCACCGUACGGCGGCCAGCAUGGGAAACCCUCGAUGGCCCCACACCAGCAGCACCAACCGCCCGUUUCCGUGCACCACUCGGUAGCGAUGGCUCCACCAGUGCAGCCGCCGAUACCGGUGGUGUCGGCGGCCACACCGGCUGGUACCAAAACACGCCACAUACCCUCGACCACAGACCAAAAAGUACACCAUCACAGCCAGCAACAGCAACAUCACGUCACAUCACAGACCAACGGGACCAUCGGAGGAGGUCCGAAGGGGAGCGGUGUGUACUCGGAAAAAUCGAAACCGGCCGCCUUGGCGAGCGCGAAGGCCACGAAGGAUGCCCAUCCAUCGUCGACCCCAGCGUCGACGACUAUGGCUCCGGUUACCGUCAGUGCAAACGCUCCCUGUACGCCGAUCGUUUCGAUAGUCCCGAGUCCGGUCUCGCCACCGGAAGCAUCGGCUCCGGGAUCCGAUACAACCUUGGUGGUGGUGGCGGAAGGGGCGACGGGGCCGACGGUGGAUUCCCUAUCUUCAGCGAACUCGACAGAAACCUUGGCAAACAUGAAAGAGAAAACGACCAUGUGCAUGGUGAACGAGCUGGCCCGGCACAACAAGAUACUGCACCAGUACCGGCUGACGGGCGAAACGGGGCCGGCCCACAAGAAGCGCUUCACCGUGACGCUCAAGCUCGGCGACGAGGAGUACACGGCCGAGGGCGCCAGCAUCAAGAAGGCGCAGCACGAGGCGGCCGGUAAAGCGAUCGCCGAGACCAAGUACAAACAUCCGCCAGCGCGCACGAACCGGCGCACGAAGAGCGGCGUGAAGGGCAACACGAGCAGCUUCACGCCGACCGUCGAGCUGAACGCGCUCGCCAUGAAGCGGGGCGAACCGACGGUCUACAAGGUGAUGGCGUCCCCGUUGCCGGUCUCGAAGUACGCGAAUGGCGGUGCCUUUCCUCCCGGCGGUAACGCGGGAAGGCGCGCCCUGGGGCCGGGGCCAGUCGAUAAACUACCACCCAGCGCCCCUGGAUUGUUGCCAUACGGCUCCGGGGGAUCCGGGUUGCCACCGGGUGCUGGUGGACGAUACGGCCAUCCACACGGUCUAGAUGGUGGUGGCGGUGGAGUAGGACCCGGUGGAUUCUGGGGUCGUGCACCACCGGGUGGCGGUGGCGGCGGACGGGGAGGUAUGGGUGGCUUCCACCCGGGACACCAGCAUCAACCGCCGCCGCCACCGCACGUUCACGCGCACCACCAUCGCGGCGGACUGGAGGACCCUCACCAUCACCAUCAUCAUCCGCCGCACGUGCAUCACCACCAUCAUCAUCACAGCGAUACGGCGGCGGCCGCCGGGUACGGUUCUCCGGCCGGGCCAAUGAACGUUCACGAGCUCUACAAAGCUACGCUGCGCGUCGGUGAGCGGACUUUUCUCGGUGAAGGUCAAACUCCGCAAGCGGCACGCCACGAUGCCGCCGCUCGGGCGCUGGAAGUGUUGAAGCCCCUGACGCUGAGCGAAAGUGCCGGCGGGGAGGGAGGGAGAGGGAAACACACGAACGCCGACGGAACGGUCGGUGCUGGCGGCGGCGACCCGGGCGUUAACGGUGACGCUGGCGCUGAUCCGAAUGCGGAGCUCAAGUCACCGAUCUCGCUCGUGCACGAACUGGCCGUGCAGUGCCAGCUGCCGGUGGAGUUUGAAGUGAUCAGCGAGAAGGGCCCCCCGCACAUGACGGUGUUCGUGACGCAGUGCAAGGUCGGCACGAUCGUGACCGAGGGCGAGGGCACCGGCAAGAAGCAGUCGAAGAAGCGGGCGGCCGAGAAAAUGUUGGACGAGCUGCGCAAGCUGAAAAAAACGAUCGAUCAGGAGUCUGCGGCCACUGCGUCGUCGUCCCACGGCGUUACGGCCGCUCCGUGGCCAGAACGCUCGCAGUGCGAGCGGAGAAACAAAAAGAAUGCUGCCACCGUCGGCGGCGCGUUGUCUGGCCCGGCCGCAGACGGUUCGAUGGUGGCCGGCGCGAAGAAAAAGUCCCGCAACCUGAUCAAGGACAAAUCGGUGGCCGACGUUUCGGAACAGGAGAAUCCCAUCUCGCGCCUGAUGCAGAUCCAGCAGGCGCGCAAGGAAAAGCAACCGGUCUACACGCUGAUCGAGGGUGACCGAUCGUCCACCGGGCGGCGGAAACAGUUCACGAUCGAGGUGGCUGCCGCCGGUAAGUGUGCGGUCGGUGUGGGCCUCACGAAGAAGGCGGCCAAAUGGAGCGCAGCCGAGGGCCUGCUGAGUGAGCUGGGCUUUGCGGUCACCAAAACGGCGGUCCCAUCGGCAGCGGGCGGCGCCGUCAACAAGGAGAACCAAUCGGCGGCCGCCAACGCGGAAGCCACCACGGUUGGCAACGGCCAGCGCAAGGUUGUGUUUAACGAAUCGAUCGUCCCGUCCAAGGCAUCGGAUACACGCGCGCUAGUGAACGGUAAUGGUACGGCACAGCACGGCAAAGGCGGUGAUGCGUCAGCGAGGGAUCUAAUGAACGACAGUACGGCUUCGAACGACAGUACGGCCACCAACAGUUCCGGUGUGUCGAGUGCGUCUUCCGGUGGUACGCAAGCUGCGUCCGCUACGACCGCUGUGCAGUCGUCGGCCGCCAGCACACCAUCGAAACCGGACGUCGGGCGGAACAAGGAGCAGCUCAUGUACUUGGCGCAGCUAUUGAAGUUUGAGGUCCAGUUUUCCGAUUUCCCCAAAGGAAACCAUGGCGAGUAUCUGACGCUGGUGGUGCUCACGACGGAACCACCGCAAAUGUGCCACGGAAGCGGCGCGAGCCUGCAAGAGUCCCAGGAUGAGGCGGCCCGCUGUGCACUGGAGAUGCUGUCCAAGAUCGGGCUCGACAACGUGAAGCCGAAACCGGUGGCGAUCAAUUCCUCCUCGUCGGCGGCGCCGCCGGUGGCUGGUGCCUCCAGCGACGACGGUGCCAUAGCGGCGACGGCCAGCAAGUAAGGGCAGUGGUUAGGGUAGUGCAGCGGAACGCGCGUGUUGGUGGUGAGACAGCACAAAGAGUUGAGCCACCCCACCCGAGGGGGACAGGCGACGAAUGUGCGGCUGGUUCCCACAUCGGUGGUCCAGUUUAUUGUUUCCGAGUUUUUGUUACGUUUUGUUUGAUUGUUUGUCGAAACAUUUGCUAAUUGUGCCGGCUGGCGGUCCGCACCCGGUGGCGCAUGUUGCAUCCGUACCUCGGUCACAGCAACGCCACUGUCUGCGACCACCUGCGGCUUUGGUGCCGGCCGUGUGAGACAGAAUCCACACCUGCCGGUGACACCUGCUACACGGCACCGCGCGUCGCCCAAGCCCGGUCAAGGACUGCGGGCGACGACGGCAGAAUUGAUUACCAUUUUCCUAAGCCAAGAGUUGACUAAUAACCACACACACAGCAAAAAGGGCAGACGGAGAAGACAAGAUGUGCAUGAAGGUUCUUGAAUCACGUAGUAUCUGUAGAGUGAGUGUUGUGGCAGAACACCGUUCGCUGGUGGCCGCUAGGACAUGGGCACUUAGGGUAACCACAUUUCUCAUUCGCGUAGAGUUGAGUCUUGAUCGCUGACUAGGAGCUAGCAACAGGUGGGAGCAACGGAUGGCCCUAGUCAGUGGUUCAACAGUUGUGUUACUUGCUCCCGGAGCAGCGCGGAAUCUUGUGGCGGUGGCUCAGACGUGUGCCGUCCGUAAGAUUGUAAUAAUGUCAUAUUUCGUUUGAUAACCUUCAUCAAUCUGCUUUUCAAUGUGCGUGUGUGUGUGUGUGGCGCGCCGGCGCCACGAACCGUGACCCCGUUACGCAGAGGAAGUUAGUAAAAUCUCGACUAUAGUCGUCGCGAUCACCGUGCGAUCGAGAUUUUACUGAGUUCUGACGUGUGUCCAUCGUGUCCGUAUAUACUACUUAUACUUCAAGUCUCACCGGGUCAACCCGGGCCCCGCGGGAGAGGGGUCCCGGCAUUGUAAGGCUUGAAAACAGGCGCGUGUUUAACAAGCGGUGUAUGGAUCGGGCUGUGGUGUGCCGGGCACGGCAAACAUCUGGCCAACAAUGCGCGCGCGCUACACGGUCGGAUCGAUGCACCGGUAAAUUUAAGUGUGUUUCUGCUAGUGUUCGUAUGCAACAUAUUACAUAACUGUAAGAAAUAAUGUAUUUUUUCGCCGAAAUUCACCCAGCACCCAGCAACAACCCCCUCGCAAAUCCCGACAUAACGGAUAUCAAACAAUAGUAUCACUUGAACGGAACGGAACACUCGUCGGCAACGGUAGACCGUUUGCCGGCACACUCAUCCUCAUUACAUUAUCACACAUUAAUUCAUCAUAACAAUAGCAACGCCCGGCGGCGGGCGGCACUAAGACAAGCCCUCAUAAACGCACCUCUCAACAACUCACUUUUUUCCAUCCCCCUCGCGGGGGGGGGACAGGAAACGAGAAAAAAAUACAUUUUUUCAAAACAAAUCCCAAACUGGAGACAUCAGUAGCAAGGAGACAAGGAGCUGUCCGUUGGCGGAACUCGUUCGGAAACACAUUUUAUUUAAGACAACCCAUUGUAAGCGGGCAGAACCUUAGGCUUGGGUAAAACUUAGAAGCGGAGAGAAACAACCACAAGGAAACAAAGGGCCCCACUUGAAGAACUCCUCUUUAGGCAUAUGGUAAUUGAUGGCGUGGCGCAAAGGAAGAAAACUCCCCCCAACAACAACAACAACAGAAACCGACGGUCCUGCGAUCGACGGAACUUACUAUUUAUUGUUGAUUGGCUGAUGGCUGUAGAAGCGAAGCAGCGAACGGAGAAGAACAGGAGGAUCGCGUAGUUCUCCUUCUCAGUUCUAGAGGCUGGCAGACGGGACACCGGGACGGAGGCGAAGAGAAGGUGAUCGACAUGCGGCCCGGUCGGUAGGAUCGGUCGGUGGCGAUCAAGUAUUACACGAUAACUUAUUCUCAUUCGCACCCCAUUUUAAGGAGAGUCCAGCCGAUCCGAUCCGUGAGGUCAUCCUGAUCCGGCACACUCUUGCCGCGCUCCGUCCUGGCUUCGACUGCCUGCUUCUGUAUUAACUUAUUGUCCACGGCCAGACGGUCACGAGAGUGUUGACACGAAGCGUGAGUGUUGUUUGUGUUUAGAAAAUGUUAAAAGAACCCAGAACUACAGAACGAACCCGGCUAUAGAGUCAAGAGGUCCCCCGGCAUCGAGAGAGGUUAAAAAGCGGAACCAAAUCAGCCAAUAUUUUUUUAGAAAAUUUAAAAAUCGUUACACAGUUUUCGAACAUUUUAAUAGAAGGCAACACAACCUCCUGGUGGCAGACUCUCCAAAAACCCGGCCCCAAAAACCGGAACAGGCAGCGAAUGUGAACCCGACCCGACCCCUCCCCCUGAAUGUAUUUUAACGUCGGUCCGGCCAACUGUGAGAAGUUAGUCUUCAUCAGCACAUUUUAUUAGACCACAAGCGCCAGCCGGAGUGGAGUGCAGAGUCCCUCCGCUCCGGGCCGGGACAAAGUGUUUUGCCCAUAAAAUCCAAUCAACUUCAACAUCCAACACACACACAGGGGUUUUAGGUGAUACGAGCGAAUCGUAGCGGGGAUAGAGAAGCUAGCAGGGAAGCGGCCACAGGGACGGCACUCUCGGGAAGAAGAAUGUCCGCGCGCGUGUAGACGGCCCCCUCUGACGUCAUCAUCAUCAUAUUUGUACGAAAACCAAACAAGUCUAUGGAAUGAAUAAAUAAAA